AUGCCAUCAGCUGACGCACAGAAAGUUUCAGACAGAUACAAGAGAAUGGUAUGCUAAUUUUGUAUUUUAUACAUAAUUGUGCGUAACUUGAAUUUGUUUGACGAAACUGAUUUAAUUAAUAAACAUAUCAUUAUAUAACAUGCUAACACUUAAACUGAUAUACAGUAAUUGGGUAAAGCAUAUAAGAAAGACAAUUUCGUUUAGUCUGUGAGAGCUUUCUUUGUCAUUUCUGUCUUCAGCCUUGCAGAUUUUUGUAAUUUCCGUGUGCAAUUUGAAACAGUAUUAUACAGUGAUAUAAUUCUCCAUCUAUGUCUCUUGCUAUGCCUAUGUUUUAGUGAAGUCAAUAUGCCCACUGACUAUGACCCAUAGCCCAUAGUUGUGUAUUUUAAGGAUGUCUGAGGAGGGUAUCAUAUUUGACUGUCAAAAUAAUUAUAGUGAAAUAUUGAUCAAUGCAUACCAUGUACCCAUGUAUAUAUAUAUAUAUAUAUAUAUAUAUAUAUAUAUAUAUAUAUAUAUAUAUAUAUAUAUAUAUAUAUAUAUAUAUAUAUAUAUAUAUAUAUCCAUGUUUGAUUUGUACAGAUUAUGUCAAAGAAAUAUUUCAAACUUUUCUCAAUGUUACCAAAGAUGAUCUUAAAAAGGCAGCCAAGCAACUCAAAGAGUACGGUGUCUUUGCAAAGUGUUGCCCACUGCCUUAUGGCCCAUAGAUAAGUUACCUAGUAUGCUUGGUGUUAAUAUAAAUCUUUUUGUUACUGUAGUUUCACUACUACGUUGUUGAACAGAGCCAAAAGAAGUCUAAAGCAGCACCAAAAUGCAGGGCAUGUGAACAACCACAGGAACAACCCAUGAAAGGACACAAGUUUGUUACAGACUGUCCAAGGAAUGAAAGGAGCACAUCAUAG